AUGGUGUUUGAAGGUGUGGUUGCAGAGGUUAUAGAUAGAUUCCUUGGUUCUUUUCUACAGGAGAUAACAAAGAAACAAUUAAAGAUUGGAUUGUUCAAUGGAAAUGCAGUUUUAAAGAAUAUAGAGGUUAAACCAGAGGCUUUUCAUGCAUUCGAUCUACCGGUUGGUGUUAAUCGUGGUGUUGUCGGUCGUCUUAUUAUAAAGGUACCUUGGAAAUCACUUAAAUCCGAAUCCGUAGUGAUACAUCUCCAAGACAUCUAUAUCCUGGCAUCAAAACAACAGAUUUCAUCAGAUACCAAUUCGAAUGACAGCGACGGUGAUAAAGAUUCAUCGACAUCUUCAGAUAAAUUCUUGAAAUUCCUAAAAUUGGAUAAACCAAAGGAUAAAGAUAAAGAAAAGGAGAAGGAAAAAGAAAAGGAAAUCGAAAAAGAAUUGGAAUUGGAAAAUGAAGAAAUAGAUAAUUCAGCAGUGACUGAAAAGGAAAAGAAAGAGAAAAAGAAGGAAUCAAGUUCAUUCAAGGAGAAAUUGAUCACAAAGAUUAUCAAUAAUCUACAGAUUGUAGUUGAGAAACUACAUAUUCGAUAUGAAGAUCAUUCGGUGGAGACUGGCGAUACGCUUGCUCUUGGACUGUGUUUGGACAGGCUGUUUGUACAAUCUACGGAUUUGGAGUGGAGUCCGACUUUCAUAGAUAGCAGCACUCCGAUGGGCGUGCUCAAUAAGCUGGCGGAAGUGUCGAAUAUCUCGGUGUAUUUGGAUCACAAAGUGGAAUCGCUUGCCAGCCUAUCGACGAAAGACUUGUCGGUUGCUCUGCGUGACUCGAUUCCAACAUCGAAAGAGUCGAAAGGACAUCAUAUGCUACUGGAUCCACUCAAUGCCAAUCUCAAGUUGAAGAUUCACCAGACUGGAUCGAUUCUCCAAAACAAUAUAUCGAAAAUCGAGAUUGAAACGAUCAUCGAUGAGAUUGGAUUCUCGAUGGAACCUCAGCAGUAUUCAUCGUUGUUGAGUAUCUUGGAGUCGCUCUCAGAGUUUGUCAAUGAGAUCAAAGAGGAGAAGAAGAAGAACACUUCGAAAUCUUCAUUUGAAACAUUGAUUAAAAAGACUGCCUCAAUAAGGCGAGAUAGAGAUAAGAAGAGAGAUUCAUUGGAAACAAGUGGUGGCAAUAACAGUAGUAAUGGUGGAAGUGGAAGUGGGAACGAGAUGGACGAGAAGCAGAGAGAGAAACAAGAGAAGAAGGAGAAAGAGCUGAAGAAGAAAGUGGAGAAAGAGAGACUGAGGAAGGAAAAGAAGGAAAAGAAACAAGAGAAGAAAGAAGCAGAGAAGAAGAAGAAGCUAGAUGAAAAGAGAUUGAAAAAGGCAGCUGCAUUAGCGGCAGCAGCAGCAGUAGCAACAAGUAGUGGAGGAAGUAGUAGUAAUUUGCUGUCGGUGCCGACACCAACGGCGACAUCCACAGAUCUCACAGAGACACCGACAGCUACUAGUGCUGCAGAUUUAACAGAUGAAGACGAUGACGACGAUGACGAUACUAUGGAUCUAGAUGACUACGAGAAGGAAGUAGUUAGUUUCGAUGUUGAUGAACUACCAUUGGAUUCAAACACCACCACCGGCGGUAGUAAUAGUAACAGUGUCAACACGAGCAAAGAGGAAAUGGAAUUUACAAAGCCAAGUAAAAGUGAACUUAAGAAACAACUAUACGAUACAAUUGGAUAUACAUCUCCUCCGCUACAACAGCAUUCAACCAAGUUGGAAGUUGCAGGAAAAGAGAUCAUUGUAAAUCUACAUGUUAAAACGAUACAUAUUAAAUUGUUGUCGGAUGACGAUAGAGAAGGUCCGUUAAUCUACGGUGAUAUCACAGGUAUCACUGUAUCGCUCUACAAAUACCUGGAGACUAUGCAUCUCGAGGCAACUCUCAAGUCACUCCGACUCUCUGGUCUGUGGGUGAAGAACGACCAAUUCCCAGAUAUGAUAUCCUCAGGAAUGACCGAAUCAUUCUUGAAUUUCAAAAUGAAAAUGAUAUCACCUCCAUCAUCAUCAUCAUCCUCACAGAAAUCUCUCAACUCCACAGCAACAUCGUCAUCAGCAUCAUCGGCAUCAUUACUUUCAGCGGCUGCUCUUGGUGGCACUGGUAGUCCGUCAACACCAGUGAAAAUACCAAAGAAGAUUUCAAUAGAUAUUCAAGUGGAACCUAUCUAUAUUGUUUUGAAUACAGCAGCCAUUCUAAAGUAUAUGACAUUGCUCACACCUUCACAUCAGAUUGAUUUAUCUGGUUUCUCGAGAGGACCACGUCCAGCCUCUGGAAAGUCAUCGGCAUCAUCACAAGUUGAAAUGAAUAUUUUAGCGAAACAACCAACACUCAUCAUCCCCAUCACUGCCAACCCUCAGAAUCCCAACUCCUCUGACAACUCUAUAUUCGUCAUCGAUCUAGGUACAACCAAACUAAGUACAACCAACCCAAAUCCAUCACCAAUAUCAUCACCAACAAUCGAACAGCAACAACAACAAUCAUCUAUAUAUUAUAUAAAUUUAGAUAAUGUUAAAUCAUAUCUUACAAAACCACCAUCACCAAAUAGCAAUAACAAUAGUAAUGAUUUACUAUCACAGUUCAAUCAAUAUGUUGCUCCACCUGAAGAUUCAACUUUUGGUUCACUUCAAACUCAACAACAACAAAAACAACAAUUGCUUGAAACCAGUGCAGAUCAACAGCCAUUGUUCAAUCCAACACAGAUAUGGGUGUUGAAAGAGGAAUCCAAUGGUAAACCGCUCUUUGACACAUCGUUCACGGUGGAGCUACACAAACGAAAGACAAACACUGCCAAUGUUCCGCGUAUCAAAUUGGUAGUGCGAUUCCCUGUUUUCAACUUUUAUUUCUCACCGUACACCUUCUUCCAGAUUCGUAUGUUCUCUCAUCUCCUAAUGAUUGAGAUUCAUCGUUUGGAACAAGCACUACUCCAAUCGUUUCAAUUCAAAAUCAGAGAACAAACAAUUAAAGAUAAAGAUAAAGACAAAGACAAGUCACCAAGAAACAUGGUUACCUCAACUCUAUCAUCUUUUUCACCUUUGAAAUCAACAUCUUCAACUUCAAAUCAAUCAUCACCACCACCAACCAUUACAACAACAAUGAAAUCAACACCUGUCAAAGUACAUCCAACCAAUGUUGAAUUGGAUGUACUAUUCGAACAUGCCAAUGUAUAUCUAACCAAUAUGGUUAAUAUUAAUUCAAAGAGUGAAGUAAUAUUAAAAGCCAACUUGGAAUCUAUAAAGGCAUCUAUUUUGGUUGGCGUCGAAAAGCCAAAAGUCGAUGGAACAUUCUCCAUUGAUCAACUGGAGAUAUUCAGACCAACAGAUACUUCAACACCUGUAAUUUCUUCUAUUCCAAACGAUGAAUCAGCUUCAGUCAAUUCAAUAAUUCUUGGUGAACUUAACAUUAUUAGAACUCCUGGUGAGAAAUCUAAAACAAUCAAUCUAUCACUACUCCUUAAUGCUUUGUAUUGUAAAAAUUUACAACCACAAGUCUUAGGAAAUAUAAUUGAAAUUAUACAAAUGAUUAUAUUGGUAAAUAGGAAAGUUACAAACACUGUAUCAAAAGGUAGAUCGAGUAGUAGUAGUAGUAGUUCAUCGGGUGAGAAUAAGAAGACUCUCAAUUUGAAAGCUUGUACCAAAGGAAUUAAGGGUAGUCUGGUCAAUUCCGGUGUGGAUUUAGUAAAGGUUGCCGAUAUCGAUUUCAAAGAGGUUGAGCUUACUCUUCUUCAAUCAAAGACCGUCAGACUACGCUUAGAGAUGCUGGUAGAGGGUUUCGAUAUCUAUUCACCCGAUCCUUCCAGACCGGAGCUACUGAAGUACAACAACAAGGUGAUUGGCAAUCUCGAUGAGAAUUCACUGCUUUCCACAUUUAAAUUCGAGGAAAGCGGUGAUAACAAGCUGAUUGAAGCACAGAUGUCCUCACUUCGGUUCGUCUUGACACCGUGGUUUGCAUCGCUUCUCAAUGAGUACGUUCUCGACGUGCUCCAAUAUCUACCGAGUCUGUUUAGCAAGGCGAUAUCGCUCAUUCCCAACUCACCGAACAACCGAUCAUCGACACCACGCGCAAGUAAAUCCAACAAGAAGAAACAACUGCGUUUCAACAUACAGUUGGAGUCACCUCAUAUCAUCGUCCCAAUUCCAAGUGACCAAGGUGGAGAGCUGCAAUUCUCACUUGGCAACAUUGAGAUGACCAACGAACAUCUCUUGCCAAUCCAACGAUUUUCAUUUAAGGUGAACGGAAUUGGAUUGAGAAAGAAACUUGUCGAUGAGGAAGAAGCUAGACCGAUGUUGGAGAAUUUCAAAGUCAAUUUGAUGAUGGAGAAGAUUUUGAAUAACAGCGAAUUGGUAAAGGCUAUCGAUACUCCCAAGUUAUCGUUAUCCAUUGUUCUGGGUGAUUUCCUACUUCGCCUGGAAAAAGGAGAUGCCAUCUCGCUGUUGGAUACAAUGUUUAGCAUGCUCCCAGUGAUCCAGAAUUUCAAAUCUGAAUUUUCAAACCUUAGAAAUUCAUUCAAAUCGAAACCAACAUCUCCCACCGCUACACAGCCUCUUAGCAAUAUUCAUACACAUCGGCGUGUAGCUACAUCGUCGCCACUAAGAAUAUCGAUGCAGUCACCACUUCGUUUCCUCCCAAAGAUUGGUGGUAGUGACACUAGUGGAACAAAUAGUGCAAUAUCAGCUGGAAACUCUCCGGUUUUCACAUCUGGAGGUAGCGGUGGUAGUGGUGAACAACAACAGUCACCUUUUGGAGGAAACAAGAAACUGGUACUUUCCAUUGAAGUUGGCGCAUUCAAACUUUUACUACCUGGCAUUGCUAUGUUGUUUAUGAUUGACGAUACUCAUGUCGCCAUAAAGAUGUUGUUCAAUGGCGAGAGUGAAUCGAAUAUCAUUGUUGGAAAAGUCAACCUGCUCUAUCAUCAUAUCGAUCCCAACGACAACAGUCCUUCACCCUUCGAAUCGAUGAAGAACAACAACAUGGAUGACUACAAUCAUUCCAAUCGUAGCAUUAGGAAGAUUAUCUCACUCAAGGAUACUAGUCAAGAUAACACCGUUGAGAUGUACUACACCUCUUCCAAGCCAAAGGAUCAAGUCAAUCCAACCACUGUCCAAGUGUCGCCAGAGAAGCGCAUUGACUUUGACUCGCAACUCCGAUUGAAUGUGCGAUGUGUUAUCAUAACCAUUGACUAUGAAUUCCUUGAAUCCUAUCUUCUCACGGUCUCACCAAUAUUGAAUGUCGUUUUCAAGUUGAAGCGUGAGAUGAUGGAACAAAAGUUGAGCGGAACCGGACAGUUCAAACCAAUGUUGCGAUCGGCUUCAAAGAAUAUCAAUUUCCGACAGUCCAAUCGUACACUCCACAAAGAGGAUUCCAUUGUUAUGCCAUUCAUUCAAGACAAACAAGCGCAAAUACAAGAUGACCUCACCAAACAACUUCUGAAAAAGAAAUCAAAGGAGCAGCAGAGAAUUCAGUUGAAUAUCACCAUUGAAAGUCCUCAGUUGAUUAUCACAAUGAAUCGAAACGAUGAACUACUUGUCGAUUUCGGAAAGAUUCAUCUCGAUAACCUGUUCUUCUUCAAGGAGGUCGAGAACAUUUCCAAUUCGAUUGCCUAUCAUUGUAUGGAGAUAGGACUGACACAGCUCUAUGCCCAAACCAUACAUCACGGUAACCUACAAGACCAAACCUAUCCACUCUUGAAAGACGUCAAUCUAUUGCUGCUCAUUGAUUUCGUAGUGGAUCCAACGCUGAUCCCCCUCGAGCAUUCACUUCCACAUCAACACAUGAAUGUCAGUUGCAAAUCGAUUGCAUUCAACCUGACGAAACUGGAUUACAACCUGCUGAUCAAUACAUCACUCCAAUACAUGUUGCUCUUCAAAACUCAACUCGAUCCAAUUAUCCAACAGAAGAAACGACAACCACGCAAACAACACUCCAACAAAGAGAAAACCAUUGCCAAGACAGUGGUGGAUAUCAACCUCAACGAGUUAAGUGUAUCAAUCUUUGGGGAGGAUCCAAACGAUCCCAUAGCAGCGUUGAUUAUCAACCAAGUAAACGCUAUGCUUUUCAAAUAUGGUCCAACAACUGAAAUAGAUGGAAAUAUCAGAUCGAUUCGUUUGAUGGAUGCUCGAGUUGGUUCUGGCUCUCACUUUAUCGAUCUCGUAUGCAGUAAGAACAUCACAACUUUCUCUGGUCCAACUGUCGAUGGUGGUGGACACCACCCUAUGAAGGAGAGCAAGUCAAACAUUGCAAUGCCAGUGGUCACAAUGCAUAUGGUAAUAGAUAAAACAGCUAAUUCCAUGGUGAUCUCAAGUACUCUCGAUCGUCUUCGUGUCUUUAUCUCACCUGGAAUAUUGUUUAUCAUGAUUGACUUUUUCAGUGAAGCAAUUACUAGUUCCAUGCCAAAUCAUCGUCGUCAUUUAGAGCAAUUGAAAUCAAACAACAACGACAAUAACAAUGUUACCAAUCAACAAGCUACUACAACAAAGAUAAAGAGAUCUAUCAAUGUUGAUGCCAAGAUAAAUAAGAUAAAGAUUCUCUUGGUUGAGAAUGUGAAGAAUCCCUACUCGAAUUUGGUGAUUGCUAAAUUCAGUGCGAAAACAUCGUUCCAAGAGACUCUGGGAUGCAAUCGUAUUGUUGCAAUGUCGAUGAAACAAUUCCAGGUGUUUUCAUUCCGUCAUUCUGUUGCCAAUAUUUCAAGUUCACGUGUUGCAUCCCUUAUUGACCCGGUUCACUCCAUCGACGUCGGACUGAAUAUUCUCACAGCCAAAGGACAGGGUGCGACAUCGACAGUCAUUGAAAUCGCGACAAAGAUCGACACUCUGAAUCUGUUCCUCUCGUAUCACGACAUUCUUUUGAUUGCCAGCAUCGCCAAUCAACUGCUCGGCGCCGUGCCACGUAUCAAAAAGAUAGAUUCCACUUCCAAGUUGAAAUCGAAUGCUCGUCGAAAACAAAAGAUUCCGCCAAACUUGAUGCUCUCUAUUGAUAUUCCACAGAUGGAGCUGACUCUGAUCAACGACCACAUGGAUCAGAACAUGCCGUUGUUAGACAUCAAUCUUUCCUCCAUAAAAAUGUCGCUACAAGGUGCCAAACCCAAGCUAUCACUUCAACUGGUUGCCAAAAUCAUGAUUGACUAUUUCAACAAUGAGAAAAUGGCAUUUGAACCGUUGAUUGAAAGCUGGGAGUUCCUGUUGCUCCUCAAGACUGGCGUGGCACCAAAGAUAACUUUGGACAUCAGUGCCAAACAAAUCCUAAACAUAAACAUCACCUAUGGACUACUCAAUACGCUUUUGACCACCUACAAUACUUUGGAAGACGAUGUUAAAGUUGCCAUUCCAACGAUUAUCAAUAGAUUCAAAGUACGUCAACAAUUGGACAACAAUGCCAGUCUUGGUUUCGAUUACACAGAUGGUGGAUCACCCGUUAACCAAUCUCUAGAUACUCUGUUGAAUCAUCUCGAUAUGUCAGAUUCCAAUAUACUGGUUAACAUUCCACCCAUUUCCAUUACGGAUGCAGCAGCUGCAGCCACACCCACCGCUACCACUCCAGCUGCUCAACAAACAACACCACCUCAACUGUUAACGCCAUCACCAAACUUUGGAAGUGGUGGAUCCAAUAGUUCACAAUGGCUGUCACCCAUUAUCGAAACACCCAACGCCAUUGGAUAUGCUGGUUCUUCAAACAUGCAAUCGCCAUUGCUACAGACCAUCUCCAUUAGAAAGUUGACUAGCUCGUUCCAUCCCUAUUGGAUUCUCAACAAAACCGGUAUCGACAUUGAAUAUCAUGUGUUGGAGAAUCUCAAUCUACAAGUGCAAUCGACAGAACCACUUGCUAAAGACACUAAGCAACCGAUUCUAAUGGAUUCGAAAUCACUGGUCAGGAGAACACGUGACUUCCGUAGCUACAAAGAAUCAUCGAGAGAUUUGGGCCCGUAUCUUGUUGUCCGUUUAAAUAGUAGAGCACCGCUAUCAACACCGAUUGCAAUCGGUAAGGUUGGAACUACCAUUUUGGUUGUCAAUAACAAACGGUUGGUGUUCAAUGUCGGUUGGAACGAAGACGGUUCCAAGCUAGUAACGAUUCGUUCACGUGUCUUGGUGAGAAAUUCAACGACACUCAAUGUCGAACUACGUAUCCUCUCGGAUACCAAUAAUUUGGUAACGGCACCGGUGAUAUUGUUCCCGAACGACGAGUAUCCAAUGCCAAUUCAAUAUCUCAAUAGCAACAAGAAGUUGUCGAUCCUUCCCAACUCUGACACCUCAGAGUAUCGACAUACCUCUGACCAAGACAUCGUUCAUCUCAUCGACAAUCAAUUCCAAACACUGAACAAAGUUAUCACUGCAACCACCAAACAAGCAAGACAACAACACAAUCAUUAUAUAGACAACGCGCCAUUCUACAGGAAUUUGAAAUUCGUUCUCUGCACACUCCAUGGCAAUGUUGAGAAUCCCGACUUUACCAAAGCCGACGUAAUUUGGCAAGACGGUAUUAAGAUAGAGGGAUUCGACAUCAGUCAAUGUAUUAUAACGGUAUUCCCACCGUUGAUCAUCGAAAACCUGAUUCCAUGUCCAAUCGGUAUCUCUUCACCCGAGAACAAUAUCUCGAUUCAACUGGCACCACAAGAACAACACCCGAUCUACUGUCAAGAUCCAAGAUUGAGUACGGAACUGGUAUUGUCGGGAGUACCUGGUUAUCCUGCCACCAGCUAUAUGUUUAUCGAUUGUACCAAAGGUGAUACUCCACUGGUGAAAGAUCGUAUCAGACUGUCCGAUCCCAACAAACUGAUGAAAUCUCUCAACAUCAUGAUUACAAGUCGCGAGCAACAACCUGGCUCGACCGGUGUCUUCAAGCUGGCGCUCUAUUCGCUCUACUGGAUUUUAAAUCAGACGUCGCUACCUAUGAUUUUCAAGAAGCCAAAGAUGAUCGCUAUCAACGAAUCGAAAGUUCCACAAAUGAUAACUACAGCCACAUCGAACAUUGCUCGUGCCAGUGGAUCAACAAGUAGACGUGAUUGUUUCAUUGAUACAAUGAUUCUUUAUCAUUCGAAGAAGUUGAUGAUAAAACUGCCAACUUCAACAUGGUCAUCUGGAUUCUCAUUGGAAGCGGUCGGAAGCAACGGUGCCAUCUAUUGUGAAGCCGAUGAGAAUAUCGAUACAACCUAUCCGAACCAAGAGUUUAACUUCCGUGCUAGCAUUUCACUUGGAAAGGGAAAGUUGCAACGUACAAAGAUGGUUACGAUCGACUAUCAAUAUAUUCUGGUGAACAGAACGCCAUUCUCUAUUGUUGUGCGACAAGUCAAUGCUCAACCGAAUGAACAUCUCCAAAUUGAACCUGGCAAGAGUGUACCUUUCCAUUGGCUCAACAAAUAUGAUAUACGUUACAUCGAAAUGAAGUUGGAUGACGAUCGUUACUCUUGGUCUGGAUCGUUCUCAAUUAGCGAUCUGACCACUCUCACUGUAAAGAAUCGUAAUUGGACGAAUUCACUUGCACCGUACUUGGCAAGAGUCGACGUCAGAGACAGCGGAACGCAUUGCUCAAUCAACUUUUUACCGGAGGACACUGGACAUCCACCCUUUAGAAUUGAGAAUAACACACCGAUUUCACUUCAAUAUGUUCAAGUUGGAUGUAGUACCUACGAUUCAUUGCCUGCAUACUCCUCCACUGACUACACCUGGGAUGAACUAAUGGGAACUAGAAUCCUUCAGAUUGAAGUCGAUGGCAUUGCUCUUAAAUGUAAUAUUCUCAAGAUAAAAUCGUUCAAACCAAUCAAAGUCGGUAUCAAUACACUUCAUGCUUUCAUGAGAGUCGACGGUCCGACCAGAGUACUGUGUCUGUCCUACGAGAAACAGUCUUACCAAUCGUCGGCAGACGACGCUCCCGAAGUAGCGAAACUUGAUCUUCACCUUCAUCUCCCGAGCAUUGGUUUAUCGUUGGUCGACUCUGUUCCAAAGGAACUGUUGUAUCUCUCAAUGAAUGAAAUCACCCUGUUCUUCUCGAAAUCCAAUAUUUACUCACGAUUCGAGCUAGUUCUUCAGACACUCCAAAUCGAUAACCAAUUGACGCACACUGACUACCCUGUGCUAUUCUACCCGACCGCUCUGGAGAAAGAUCUCUCUGCCGGUGGAAGUGGAAUCGAAGAAGAAGUUAAACCAUUCAUGCACUUUAGUUUUAUCAAGAAUGAAGAGAACAAAGAGUUGAUGUAUUUCGAAUUGGUAUCAAUGUUGAUUCAAGAAGCCAAUAUUAUGUUGGAAGACAGUAUUCUAUCGGCAGUCAUUGAGAUGGUAAACAAAUUACUUGAUACCAGGAAGCGUGCCAAUAGAAUCAAACAGAAACUAUUGGCAGCAGCCAACAAUCAAGUGAAUCUCAGUGAAUCCGCUAUCUUAAUUUCACCAGAUAGCAAUGGCGCUCAAUUAUUAAACAAUAGUAAUAAUAAUAACAACAGUAACAGUAAUAAUAAUACAAAACUAAAUCAAACGAUGGCUAUAAAACAGAGUAUAAAUAGCAUUGGAAAGAAAGUCAGAAAAGUUAAAAUGGUCUAUAUCAAACUACUGUUACUUCAUCCAAUUAAAUUGAUUCUCUCAUUCUCAUUUGUACGUGAUGGUCUGGUAGAGCAAUCGACAGAUAUGGUUGGUGUUCUACUCGAAGUGCUCGGUGUCAGCUUUGGCUUGGAAAGAACACCUAUCUGCUUGAACUCUCUGAUUUUGGAACAUCCUUUCCUCAGUAACCGUUCACUUACCAAUCGUAUAAAGAAACACUACACCAUGCAGACACUCAAUCAGUUGUACAAAGUAAUUGGUUCGUCCGACAACAUCGGUAAUCCCGUCGGUCUAUUCAAUCACUUGAGCACAGGUGUCAAAGACUUCUUCUAUGAACCAGCACUUGGAUUGGUUCGUAGUCCACGUGACUUUGGUAGAGGCUUGGCAAAAGGAUCGUUAUCAUUGCUCAAAAACUCUGUCUAUGGAUUGUUCAAUACGCUAUCUAAACUAUCUGGUGCCAUGGGCAAAGGUGUCUCUGUUCUAUCGUUCGACGAGCAAUAUCUCAGACAACGUCAACGUGUCCACCAAAAGAAAGCAAGACAUGUCGGUGAAGGAAUUGCUUUUGGAUUGAAAGGACUUGGCAGAGGUCUUAUGGAAGGUGUCGCUGGAAUAGUCAAACAACCGGUGGAAGGUGCAAUGAAAGACGGUGUCGAAGGAUUUGCAAAAGGAAUGGUACGUGGAGUGGUUGGAGCUGGCGUCAAACCAGUGGUUGGUGUAUUCGACCUCGCAGCUAGAACCACAGAAGGUAUAAGAAACACCACUAACCUCUUCAAAGAUAUUCAACGUGCAAGACCACCAAGGUGUUUUGGAAAUGACGAUCUGCUGACGAAUUACUCCCAUGAACUAUCAGAGGGUAGAUUUAUUCUAAUGAAAUCAUUUAAAGGUACAUUCAAAGAUGAUCUCUAUAUUAUGCAUUUCCGUCAUGGCAAAUACAUCAGUGUCAUCACCAAUAACCGUUUGAUUUAUGUGAAAGCGAAUCGAUACAGUUUCAAGUGGGCUGCCGAAUUUAGGAACAUAAAGAAUGUCGAGAUGGUAGCAGAUGUAGAAUUGCUAUCAUCACAGGGAAAAAUGUAUGAAAGAUUAACACAAACAGCCGCAAAUGAAUAUUGUAAAUAUAUUUUAGAUUUAAAUACCAAAAGCUAUGGUUAUUUAGCACAUAUAAAUACAAAUGAAGAAUUAAAUUCUUUAAGAGAUAUUUUACCUUGUACACAAACUUGGGUUUCUGGACGUGCCAGUGAACUUAAUAAUUAUUAUUACAGUAGUGAAAGUUUAGACCAUUCUUCUGUUUUUGGUUUGAAAAUUGUAAAUACUUUAAAUGACAUACAAUUAGUUGGUGGAUAUAUGAACGAAACCCAGGGUUUCAUAUGUGAAUGGGGUCACCAAACUACCAAUCCCAAAGUUGUGCAAUUUUCAUCCAAUUCUCUUAUUAUCAGGAGUAGCGAGAUAGAAACAAUAUUUCUCAAAGGUCUAUCAUCAUCAGAAAAUUACAAUUGCAUUAGUGUAGCCUCUUUUCCAGAUGGAACAACAAUUUGUCAUCAUGAAGCACCAAUUGGAUUUUAUGAAUUCAGAAUCAUAAAGAGUCAAGCCUUGGUAGAGCUAGCAACCUCAAAACAAUUAUACUAUUACUACACUCCUUAUGAUCCCGAAAUCUAUUGGAUCCUAAAUGACCCUUCAAUUCGGGGUGAUAAUAUUACUAUUUAUGCACCAUAUAUCUUCAAUUAUAUUGAUCAUAGACCAGUAUUCAAUUUAAAUGAAGCUCGUAUCAAUGGUUGUAUAGAAAUGUCAGACGAUGAAGCUGUUUGUUUUGUUCCGCCUGGUACUGGUUAUUUAAACUUGACAGUUGCUUUUCCUGAUCUGAACACAACUACUCCUUAUUAUUAUUUUUCAUACAAAGAACCAAGAAUAAGAAAUUCAACAACAGUUAAACAAAAUGUUGGAGGUAUUAUAACUAUAAUGGGCUCAAAUUUUGCUAAUGUAAGCUUGUAUGUUAGUGUCGGAGAAAAAUCAUGUCCAGUUACAUAUGUCAGCUAUAACCAAAUUAGAUGCAAUUUUUCAGGAAAUUAUAAUGACUAUGGCGAAGGAAUACCAGUUUGGGUGAAAGUUGAUGGUAUUUAUAGUUAUGAUUAUUAUUUUUACUAUCAAGAUGAAUCAUCCCAUUCUGUAGCUUCCUCAGAAUCAUCAGAAGCUAUGGAGUGUCCAAACUGUUUAAAUGGUGGUACUUGUGAUUAUAUAAACUAUAUCUGUAUCUGUCAGAAUGGUUGGACUGGUGCAUCGUGUGACGUAAAGGUUACCAACAAUAAUCUACCUCCUCCAAUUGUAGAUUCAUCCGGUACCACAGUCUUCAUUGCCAAUGGAAAUAACUAUACGAUUUCUAUUUCUACUUUGCGUGAGAGAGAUCCACUGGAUAACAUUGUCAAGACUCUCAAUAUGACGAACAUCAUAUGGAAGUUUGUGAGUAAUGACAGCAAUGGAUUCUAUAAAUUCUCUGGUACAUUUUUAAAUGAAUCUGUAAUCGUUGAUCUCAUGCUACACUACUAUGAAAAUCAAACAAUCAUCAAUUUUGCCGGAGAGAACAUCACAAUGCCAAAGAAUUCAAUGAAAUAUAUGAUCUCAAUCAACAAUUGGCCUUUCAGGAAUCAAUUGGAUACUCUAGAUGUUAUCUUCUCUUCGAUCACUUCAAAUCAAACAGCUUCAUCCGAUCCAUGCAAAGAAAACGAACAGACUACAGUAAAAGAAACCAUAGGAGAUUCAUUAAAGUGGUAUGAAGUCGAUAAUGGAUUAUCUAUUUUAAGUGCAAAGUUUGCACAAAAUAUGUUUGUCGACGGUCGUAUUAUAAAGAGUAAUGUUUAUCCUCUGAAGAAAACCGAUGAACUUUACCAAUCUCUUUCCAAAAACGAAUUCAAAUAUAUGGUAGCAGUUUCUGUUCCGGCAUUCUUUGACGCUUGUACAAUAGAUCCAAAUUUCAGCUCACUUAUAAGACCAACCACAACCAGUGGAAAUUGUAACGGAAACAGUCAAUUGGAGCAAUGGAAAUUGAUCGUAAUUAUCUCUGUUUGUUGUGCAGGUGGAGUGUUUUUGAUUGGUGGUGUUGCAUUCUUUAUCAUUUCAAAAAUCAAAAAGAGAAAGAUGAAGUCAAUAAUGAAUCAAAGAGUUUCCGAACUUGCAGGUUAUAAUAAAUAA